GCUUAUUAUGAGAAUUCUGCUGAAGAUUUCCUAUGUACUCGUACUGCCUCUAAGAGUACAUACAAAUGUCAAAUAAAAUAAACAAUCGUAUUAAAGUUUUUACAAGUUUUCCAUGUAAAUGGCGCGCAACAAGCAAAUGUCGCCUUCCGGUGUGCCGCUAAUAGGCACGACUGCUCGAGCGCAAAAUUCUGUUCGAUCGCAUAUUUUAGUUAAAAAUAACUUAAUCUUUAAUUUUUUCUAAGGAAAAGUGCAGUUCACGUAAACCAAUCCAUCACAAUUUCUACGGAUGUGCACACCUUCUUUGGACUAAAAAGCCACAAUGUACGUUGUUUAAUCCAAUGGAACCUUCGUGAAGAUGAGUCUACCCGACUAAUGUUACACGUCAUUGGAUAUACGCUUGUGGCGUGUAUUUCAAAAUACAGGCUUUCUCUAUUUGUGCCCUCUCGUUUGGCCUCCUUGUUUGUUGCCAUGGUCACAGUACCCACGCUAUCUCUGCUAUUGGCCCUGGUAGAAUGGGUGGGUCAGACCAGCUCCUCCCCUCAUCUCUUGCUCCGCCCUCGAGAGCGUGAACGGGACCCGGUGGCAUCAAUGCACUUCAACAUUGCAGUGAUCCACGCGGGCUCAACGGUUCAACAAGGGGAAGGGGGGGCUGCGGCGGCUCCGGGCAGGGUGCCUUUCGCGGGCUUCGGACGUGUGCACAGCAGCUUCGGCGAGAGCGUCGUCACCCAGUGGGGAUCCGCAAACGUAAUCUGGCUUCAGGUAAAUGACAGCAGCCCAAGGACAUUGCUGUCUCAGCUAUGUGACCUGCUGGCAUCCAGACCACUUCAGGGACUUGUGUAUGAAGAUGAGAGACCCCUCCCACUUGCCUCUGGCCCCCUGGCCCCCAUGCUGGAGUUCGUCUCGGCCCAGACCGGCCUCCCCAUCGUUGCUGUGGGAGGGGGAGCGGGUCUGGGCAGGGUACCACAGGAGACCGGCUCAAUCUUCCUACAGUUCAGCUCCUCCACCACGCUCCAUUUGGAGGUGAUCUUUGAGGUGCUGGAGGAGUACGAUUGGACGGCCUUCUCGGUGGUGUCCACACGUCACCAUGGCUACCAGGACUUCCUGUCAGUGGUAGAAGGUUUGACCGACGGGUCAUUCAUCGGUUGGGAGAAGAAGAGCGUAGUUAUGUUAAACUUAACCGAUGACCCAGGAGGAGCGCGCACACGGCGACUGCUGAAAGAGAACGAAGCACAGGUGCGGUUGUUGUACUGCUCUCAGGAGGAAGCAGAACAGGUGUUCCAAGCCGCUUGGGCAGGUGGUCAGGCCAGCCCCUCCCACAUAUGGUUUGCGGUGGGUCCGGCUCUUUCUGAACUGGGCCUCACCGGAUUACCCAAUCGCCUAUUUGCGAUCAGGCCGCAGGGCUGGAGGGACGAGCCCCGCAGACGUAUCGCCCGUGGCGUGUCCAUCCUUACUCACGGAGCUGUUGCCCUGCGCAAGGACUACGGAGCAACUGGAGGGCCACACUUUGUUACCAACUGCCAGACGGAUGGGAACAGGACGCAGAGGAUUCGCGGUAGAAUGAAGUAUUUCAGUAACAUCACUCUCGGUGGGCGGGACUAUUCUUUUAAUAAUGAGGGCUACCUGGCCAAUCCCUUUCUGGAUGUCAUCUCCUACACGGCCGGGAGUGGCUGGGAAGACGUAGGGUGGUGGGAGAACGGGGUGUUACGUCUGAGAUACCCGGCGUGGUCUCGCUACGGCCCCUUUCUGCAGCCACCAGACGAUGCCCAGCACCUGAGGGUUGUAACCCUGGAGGAGCGCCCCUUUGUUAUCGUGGAAUUGGCAGACCCUGCUUCUGGAACUUGCAUUAGGGACUCGGUGCCAUGCCGGCGGCCUCUCAAUGCCAGUGCACUUCAGGAAGGGGUGGCACCUAUGAAGCAGUGCUGCAAGGGAUUUUGCAUUGACAUACUUAAGCGACUGGCCAGAAUUGUGGGCUUCACCUAUGAUCUCUACUUGGUGACAAAUGGGAAACACGGGAAAAAGAUUGACGGAAUUUGGAAUGGGAUGGUGGGAGAGGUUGUGUACAAGCGGGCGGACAUGGCGAUCGGCUCCCUCACCAUCAACGAGGAGAGGUCGGAGGUGGUGGACUUCUCCGUGCCCUUUGUGGAGACGGGCAUCAGCGUCAUGGUCUCUCGUAGUAAUGGAACUGUCUCUCCCUCUGCCUUCCUCGAGCCUUACAGCCCUGCUGUUUGGGUGAUGAUGUUUGUUAUGUGCCUGACUGUUGUGGCGGUGACCGUUUUCAUCUUCGAGUUCUUCAGUCCUGUAGGGUACAACCGCAGCCUUCAGAGCGGCAAGAAGGCCGGAGGUUCAAAGUUCACUAUAGGGAAGUCAAUCUGGCUUCUUUGGGCUCUGGUUUUUAAUAACUCUGUUCCAGUAGAGAACCCCAAAGGAACCACUAGUAAGAUCAUGGUUCUUGUCUGGGCUUUCUUUGCUGUCAUCUUCCUGGCUAGCUACACUGCCAACCUGGCUGCCUUCAUGAUCCAAGAGGAAUACAUUGACACUGUGUCUGGCCUCAGCGAUAAAAAGUUUCAGCACCCCACGGAGCAGUACCCCCCUCUGAAAUUCGGAACGGUCCCUAACGGAAGCACAGAGAAAAACAUCCGCAGUAACUAUCCAGACAUGCACCAGUACAUGAUCAAAUACAACCAGAAAAGUGUGGAGGACGCCAUCUCUCACCUCAAGACUGGCAAGCUGGACGCCUUAAUCUAUGAUGCGGCCGUGUUGAACUACAUGGCUCGUAAAGAUGAAGGCUGUAAGGUAAUGACCAUCGGAUCGGGGAAGGUGUUCGCCACGACGGGUUAUGGCAUCGCCCUGAUCAAGAACUCCCGCUGGAAACGCCCACUGGACCUGGCCUUACUGCAGCUUGUGGGUGACGAUGAGAUUGAGAUGCUAGAGCGUCUCUGGCUCUCAGGGAUCUGUCAUAAUGAUAAAAUUGAAGUGAUGAGCUCCAAACUAGACAUAGACAACAUGGCGGGAGUUUUCUACAUGCUGCUAGUGGCCAUGGGUCUCAGUCUGUUGGUCUUUGCCUGGGAGCACCUGGUGUACUGGAGGCUCCGGCACUGCAUGAGCAAAAUGGGCCAGUCCGGCAAACUGGACUUUCUACUUGCCAUCAGCAGGGGAAUGUAUAGCUGCUGCAGUUUUGAGGAUGAAACCGUGCAAUGUGGGGUCAAAGUCACAGUUCCUACCCACCAUCACACUGCCAUGGUUCCUGCUUCUUCCUCCUCACAUGUGGUCACAUCAGCUGUAUCCAAUCAAGCCAUUGCGAUGGUGCAGCAGCAGCAACAACCACAGCAGCCUCAGCCUCCUCAGUCUUACAAAACACCUCUUCCUGGAUCCCCUCCCACAAUCGUUCAUUCUGGAGCGACAUUGGGUCCCUCAAAUACUCAACUCAUGGGAGCUCCAUUGCCAUGUACUACUUUCUUACCCCGGCCGGAUCGCAGGCUGGCCGUUGUUGACCGAUGGAGACUACCCAAAACCGCUAGUGCCACCGCCACCAUGGGUGUGAGAGGAGGUCUUUCAGAAACGGGGCCAUUACCUCAAAAGGUGGCACCUACCUGGGCAAGUGCUGGAGGUACAGGAGGUCUAGAUGGAUAUAAGCGCUACUAUGGACCUAUUGAUCCUGAGGGACUUGGGCCAUGUGUGGACCAACAAACAGGUUCUCAAACUCCAAAAACAGUCCCCAGAGCUCACCAACAACCCCCACCAGCCGGAGUGGCUUUCUACCAGGAGAAGGCCAUGGACCAUGGCAUGGGGAAGAAGGUGGGAGUGGGUACUGGUGGAGGGGGUCAGGGUAGAGGGGUUAAACCUCUGGGGACUCCCAGGCUGCCCCCUAAAAGCCAGGCCCCAGCCCCACUCACGCCUAACCCCCCACUACAGCACCCCUCUCCCCCUCUCCCCUCAACCUUCUGGAGGAAACGGCGGCCAAAAAAGCCUAAAGAACCCGGUGGACCGUUAUACGAAAACAUCUUGCCUCUGGGUCGGAGAGGUGGAGGUAGGGAAGCCAGUCGAAGGCCAAGACCCUCACCUCCGCUCCCCAUCCCAGUGCCUGUCACCAUCUCUCCAACCUACACUCCUCCAUCCCCCUCUCCAUCACUCCCCUGCACCUCCACGUCAUCCUCCACAUCCACCACGAGCUCCUCAACCACAUCAUCAGCUACAUCCUCACGCUCCACCUCUCCAUCAUCUACAUCUACAGAUUCAUCUCGCAGCACCCGAGACAGAGAGGCAGAGGAGGAGGAUGAGGAGGAUUUGGAUGAGUUGACUGAGGAGUCCAGUCUUCUGCAGGGCCACAACAGAACUAGGGGCAGAGAGCGAUCUAUUCUCUCUCCCAGGUCUCUUAGUCAUGGCCCUCCUCCUCCUAUACCCCCACGCAAACCAUGGGGCACUUUUGGAGACAGGGAACAAAAAAAGGACAGAGAGAGAGAGAGGGGGGGCAGCCAGCUAGCACAGCUCCAGGAUUGGUGGGCAGGAUGGGCUGAAAGAGAGAGGGACAGGGAAAGAAGUAGCGGAACCCAAGGAGACACAGACAGAAAUAGAGAGAAGAAACGUAGGAAAGAGAAAGAAAAGGAGAAAAAGAAGAAGAGGAAGAAAAGCAAAAAGAGGAAAAAGAGGGAGGAGCGUGAAAGGGAGAGAGAAAGGGAGAGGAAACGUCGCAAGGUUAAAAAGAAGAAAAAGAAGGCGAUAAAAACGAAAAAGAAAAAGGUGUCUUCCGCCAAGCGGUCAGAGCCAGAGGAGGGAGAUGUUGAGGCUGAAAGGGAAGGUGAGGGAGAUGGGGAUAGAGAAGGAGAUUAUUCUUUUACCAAUCAGUAUCGUGGUGGGUUUGUCGACAAAGGCAGCCUCUCCGCUUGGGAGGGAGAGAGGGAACGGGAAAGGAGAGAAGGAGGUGAGGAUGAGGGGGAUGAAAGAGGGGAGGAGAGCGGGGGAGGUAGAGAGAAACGACCCAAAAGCUCCCAUUCGCGACAUCGGCCUUCCAGCAAACGUUAUCCCAACCUUAACAAACUCCCUGCAUCUGUAAAAUUCUGGGUCAGUGGAGGAGAAGCAGGGGGCACAGAGGCUUCUGGACCCUCCCCUCCCUCCUCUUUCCUCCCAUCAUCUAAAAGGAGGAGGAGCAGUGGGACAGAGAGAGAGGCAGGAGGGAGAAUGGGAGAGCGAAGGCCGCUUCUCCUCCAUCAUGAAAGGGGACGAGUAAACACCAGAGAAGGCCUGUCCUUCCAUGAGUGGGACUCUGAGGACGAGGAGGACGAGAGAGAGAGGGAACAGGAGAGGCAAAGAAUAGAGGAGAGACUGAGACAGGCAGGGGGUAGAGGUGCGGUUUCAGAAUCUGAGCGGGACAGAAUACGAGCAGAGGAAAGUUUCUCAGAUGAAGGUUCUUCAGGAGAGUUUGGCCGUUUUGAGAGAUAUUGGGAAGGAAAUGGAAUGGGUGGAGCUAGUGGAAUAGGGGGAGGAGGCUGGUUUUUUGGGACGUACCCUGCUCGUGAAAGAGGUGGUAGUGUCAACAGUCGUGACGACUACACUCUGGGACGGGCUGAGGGGUGGGGUGUGGCAGGUGAUUUCUUGGGUUCAGGUCCAGGGAUUGGAUGGGGGUCUGGAGGAGGCAGUGGGGGGCUGGGGGUGCAGUGGCCACCUCCUCCUACUUCACUCCCACCCCCGCGACGCUACUGGUCAGUUGACAAACUACAAAUGAAGGGUGAGAAGCGUGGCCGCAGUGGGUCAAAGAGCAAAGGUCACAGAUCUCGAGACAGAAUGCAGGACACGGCAUCAUAUGCAUGUGCACAGUAUGGACACGGUAGGCCACAUGAACCUCGUAAACACAGCAGUUCUCAUUCCCACAGUCAGGAGGAUCUGCUUCCUCACUGCCACAGCUUCAGCGGAGGCUCUCGGCCCAAACCACUUCCCAAACCUGACAAAUCCAAAUCAGGUAGCCAGUCCAACCUGAGCUCCCAGCAAGCCCAGCUCUCAGAACACAUAUCCCAGCCGUCACCCUCCCCAACCCAACCGCUCCUUCCCUCAUUACAGAUACCUUCUGCUCCCAACUCCUUAUCCAUGCCUAUUCCUCCACCUCCAUCCUCUGCAUCUAUGUCCCCACCUGUGCUCUCACCCGGGGCUGCAUCAGGCUCUUCCCAGGCAGCCACGGCCAGUGCUAAGCUCCAGUACCAGAGACUUCGAUCUGUGCCCCAGCCUCGGCGAUUCUAUUCCCCACAUUUGCCGCUAAAAGCCAAGAGCCUGUGCUCACGCCGUGGUUCUGCCCAUUUCUCCAGCCUCGAGAGUGAAGUAUGACACGGGGCUUCGCUGCUGCGUGUGUGUGUGAGCUCUACUGUGAAGCGCAGCUGGAGUGUGAUGCACAUACAUGCGCUGCACCAAGAUGAGGAAAACGUCCACGAUGGUGACCUGAGCAGCAAAGAAACAACAGUCGAGGGGGGAAAUGGCUUGCCAAAUCCUACCACGGUCACCACGGAUACUCCAGCCGUGCUCCAUCUUCGGUCUGAGCUGAGUAUUAUGAUGUCCUCCGUGCUCCUCUCGUCCAAUGAGAACAGUGGAUAGGCUGGAAUUUUCUGUGAGUAAUGAUGUCAUGUUUACACAUAUACUCCCGCAAACAAGGAAAAGACAUUUCUGGCAUCGUCCACAUACAACGUGAGAUUUGGGCAUUGAAUACUGCUGUGGCUCAAACUGGCUGUUCAGUUUAUUUAGAGAUGACUUGAAAUUAAUCUGUAGUCUGAUCUGAAUGCAGUCUCAGAGAGGUUCAGAUGAGCAGCAUCAACUCACUGACUGAAAGUGUCUCCAUGGCAACCUGAUGCACAGAUACAAAAAUCCCCUCCUAUGUUUCUAUCUCUUUUUAGGCACAUGACAACAGUGAUGUUGUACCAUACAUACUGGUUUGGGUUCCUCUUUCAGGGCCAUGCUGGAAAAUUGAAGUUUGACCUCAAAGAAAAUAAGACUGUGUCACUUUGCCUGUAUUUCUACAACAAGCUUCAGCCAAUCAGAAUCAACAUUUCAGCCGAGCUUCUGUUGUCCUAUCAGAACUUUAAUGCCAUCGUGUCACUUUGACAUCAAACAGAGAUGGCGUUAUAUUCUAAAGAGAGACGCUUCAAAAGAAAAACAAUAAGAACACAAACAAAACAAAAUGUAGCAAUUUUCUCGUAUCAUUGUUUUCCUUAAUUCAGGUUUAAUUUAUUUUAUGCUAUUUAUUGCUCUCACUGUGGUUGUAUUUUAACAAAAGGGUAAACUAGCUGUGUCUGAUGUUAAAUAGUGGGAUUAUACAUGUGAUGACAAUUUUUACAGAGUUAUUUUUUGAUGACAGACUUAUCAAAUGAUCGCAACUAGAUCCACGGUACUGCCCAGCGUGACAGUCCUAUCUUUGCAUAUAAGCAAUACUUGUCUUUCAUCAAACGAUGAUGGGUUGCAAUAUUUAUGAUUGGCACUAGAUGGCUACAUAAUAUUAAAAAACUGUAUUUUAAUGAUUAUGAAUGGUGGGCCCAUGCGUGGAUCGUGCUUGGUUUGUUUCUUACUCAUUACAUAUUCGACCUCGAGCAGACAGCUGCAUCUGAGUAAGGUAAGGCUGUCAGUGUCAUUGAAUGACGUUAUCAAGUCAGGACUACUUCCAGUGCAUAGUUGCAUGUAAUAAAGCACAAGCUGCCGGCUCUCGUCAGUGCAAGCGAUAUCAUAUGAUAAUGAAGAGUCGAGGACAAACACAAUAAUACGUUUUUAGCUGACAGCCUCAGCCAGCCUGAAGCGUUCAACUUUAUUAGUUUGUUGCAAGACAAUUGAUGUCAAUCAUCAUGUAAAGAGAUUUUUAAAUACCUAUUUGACGUCAGGCACCGCUUAUUUGCCCAUUGUAGUUGAAUGUAGCUUUGAAAUGAUUUAGCAAAAAGUAGAUAUGCGGUAGAUUUUGUAGCAUUCUGGAUGCAGUUACUUGUCACAGGACAAUUUUAAUCUGGGGGGGCGCAAAGAAAUUGUACAUGUCGUCACAGAUGAACAGAUUCUACCACCCUUUAUUUGACUUGACACGUGGGAAAAAGUGAUGUUUUGUCUCCCUUUCACGUAUAUCGUUCCUUUUACACGGCCACCUGGGAAAGGUUCUUUCAUUUGCAAUGAAUUUUAGGGCUUUUUCACAUUUUAAAACCCCACAUGUCGUCGCAUGAGUUGAGAACUAACAAGCUCAGGUAUUGAAUUGUGUGUUGUGUAAAGCGAAUCCCACACAGCCGCUUAAUCCCCUCGCUCAGCGUUUCCUGCAAUGCCGGGAAUACGGGCGUGUCAGCGGAAUAUCCACCCCGCUCGGCAUUGGAAGUGCAGCGGGGGCCAGGGAGAUGGAUGUGGAAUGAUUGAAUUCAAAUAGUGUGCCACGAGUACACUUGAUCUGUCAUUGACCCUUACUGAGUAUGAAGGCGCUAACACAGGAUUCUGUGACUGCAUGUACAGAACAGACUUCAAAUUCCCAUGUAGCUUUUUUCUUAAGAACAAAAAGAAAUAUUAUAUCUAUAUACUAUGUUUUUGAGAAUGUAUCAUGUUAUACUGUGAAUUGACUUAGAUAUUUUAUUGCCCAUUGUAUUGAGUUUUCAUUGCCAUCAUAUACUUUAUCUAUACAUAAUAUAUAUGUACAAACAAAUAUAUACAUAUAUAUACAAACAAGUAUAUAUAUAUAUAAUGAGAUACAUUUGAUAUACUUGGAGGAAGUGGAAGUAGAAAUAGUUUUAAAUGUUUUAGCUUUGUAGCAAUUCUAGACUCUGGAGACAUUUUUGAAUUUUGAUUCCUCCUAUAUGACUGUGAAAACAUUAGUGCCUGUGAAGAAAAAACAAGUCUAAUAUCUGUUUUCAUCUACUCAUUCAUCCUUCCUUCCAUAAUUUCAUCUACUUUUUUUUUUUGCCAAUACUGUAAUACUACCUAAACACAUGUAUUUUGCUCAUGUUGUAUUGUUUCCUCAUUGCUGCAUCUGUCCAUUUGACCAUUCAUCCAUUUGUCAUAAUCUGUUGUUAUUCUUUUCAGGUGUAACACACCACGGCACCAUUGAUUUCAACAACGUACCUCUGACAUUUUCCUUCUAAGAAUUUUUCGUUUUUUUAUCUCUCUGUUACCCCUCUGUAUGUUCUCUCAGUUAGCAAAAAACAAAACAAGAAAAAAAACAGAGACCAGUAGCUACUGUGUUCCUGCUUCUAUCAAUUGAUUAUUAAACAUGAUGAUCAAUUAAAGUUAUUAUGUAAUUGAGAAAUGACUGAAAAUGUGAAUGAAAAGUUGUACCUGAUGACCAUGACACUGCGAGUCUGGGCUGUACUGUACACAACUCAUUGUUACGAUGAUAAUAAUGUAGUUUAAAGGGGCCGUUCAAUAUGAAAGCCUUCUUGCGUCCCCCAAAUUCUUUCUAUGGCUAGAUGAAUGUCUUUAUGCAUUUUGCAUCUUUGUUGUUUUCUUUUGUGUCUUGCGCCAUAAGUGCUGCAUUUUUACGAUUUCAGAGUUCAGGUUUUAUAUACACAUAUAAGACACCUCCAUCUAGCUAUAUUAAAAUAAAAUAGGAGUUCUCUGUGAACGCCCCCUGAUAUAACUUACAUUGGAUUGGUUGGUUAAGUUAAUACGCAGUAGAUAUGUCGUUGGUAUUGUCAAACAAACACUCACCAAAGGCUUCACUCCUUCCUGUUUUGACUGUAUCACAUAAUCUUAGCAUAAUGUGCACAUUGUGAAAUAAACACAGUACGAGGUUGGAUAUUUUUGGUAAAAGUGUAAGUGGUGGUCAAUUUUUGUCAAAUUUAAAUGGCAUGUUUUGUGUUAAGGGCUGGUUGGCUGCUGCUUUAAGUUCUUUGUUUGUAUGUUUGUCAAUACAUGAGAGAAAAGCAACUGAUACAACGACAACAUUGAGGUUAAUAUCCUGUGUGGGUUUUUUGGGCCAUAAAAGCCAACAACAGCAUAUCAGGAACUAUGUUUUCUUAUUUAUUAAUUUUUCAUAUUUUUUAAAUCUGAUGGCUCCUCAGCUCACCAAAAGUGGCAUUAUGGGAUAGCAAAGUGUUUCGUUGCCUGAAUCAUGCACUCUAAAAAAAGCAUUUUUUAUCUCAGCAUUUGGUCAAAAUACGACAAAAUCCAACCGUUGGGUUAGAUUAACCCAGAGCAUAUUUAUAUUUGCAACCCAGCACAGUUUAAUCUAUAAACCAACGGUUUGCUUCGUCCCAUUUUGACCCAACGCUGGGUUGAAAAUAACACCGCAUUUUUUCUGAGUGUGAAUACUGAGUAUUGGAACAUCCUGCUUAUUUGUCAUCCAGUUUUGCAAAACUGUGUAGCACUGUACCUGGAUCUCAGUUUAUCUUUUGCAUUAUUUAGCGUUUAUCUAAUACACACACACAUACUGCAGGGCAGGGCAUUUAUGAUAUAGCACCAAUCCUGCAGGUGUUCUCUCUCUCUUUAUCUUUCUGUUGCUCUCUGUAUCUUUCUCUUAAGAGAAUAGACUCAGAGUGACUCCAGGUAGCUGUAGGGACCAAGAUGUGAGGCAUUACUUGACAGACAGCUCGGUGGAUAAAAGUCCAGCUCUUCUCACUUGAUCACAGCUGAUGCAAGAUCAGUGUGUGUGUGUGUGUGUGUGUGUGUGUGUGUGCAUUUGUGUUUGUGUGAAAGCAGGUCAGCUCCUGUGAUAGACCACUAUAUGCUUUACUUGGCCUACAUUUAUGCCAUUCACUGCUGCUGAAGACCAUCAAUGAUGUUUGAGAUGUAUAGGUGGUCUGUCGUUUUAGUGUUGCUGCUGGAUAAGCAUAUACACUUAUUAUUCUGUCCCGUCUGAUUUCACUCUUAUUUUUAGUCCUCCAUCACAUUCAUCACCAUAUGAUCCCAUCUCAUCAUUCGAAAUGCAGAAGGAAAAGAAAGAGAAAUGCUUUUAUUUCUGAACAAAAUCUGUGUUUUUUUUUGUUUUUUUUAUUUCUCACUGCUGAAAAUGUUUUUUAUUUGUGUCAUUGUGUUAUCUGCACUGUAAGCAACGGCAAUGCAAGUGUGUAUGUGUGUGUGACAUACACAUACAUGCAUAGUUGACAAAAUGUAUGACCUUUGUACUGUACAGUCCAGACGGGAUGCUUCCACCAAUCAGAGUUUGCUUUGUUAUGACAAAACGUCCUGGAAAAGGGUUUGAAGGGGUCAGUGCUAAGAAUUGCUUCAUAAAGAAUACUUUGUUUAAAAAUCG